AUGAUGGACGCUCAACUUGAAGAUGGAGUCGAAGAUGAAAAUUCUAAUUAUCAAGAAGACGAAAACAUUGAGGUAGUUGAGCGAGAUAAAACGAGAGAUGGUCAAGAAAGAUACAACUUAAGACUAGUUAUUCAUAAACAUUGUGCAUUAUCAAAUGACUACAUACUAACUGCAGCAGCAAGUGUUGUUGAAGGUGAACCAUCGACUUAUGAAGAAGCUAUGAAUGGAAUAUCAAACUGUCGUGAACGUUGGCGAAAUAUAAGAGGAGCAUUCCUGCGAUCUCUGAAAAAACCACCAAGCGGAUCUGGUGCAAGUGCAAAAAAAAAAUAUUACCUAGAAGAAUUUUUGCAUUUUCUAUUACCCUAUAUAAAAAACAGAUCCGAUGAUAGCAAUUUGCAAUCUGUUACCGACUCCGUUGAAGAUUCUGAAGAUGAAAAUACCGAUUAUAUGGAUCAUCCUAUGGAAUCACAAGUGGUCCAGGAAAAUCAAGACAGUAAUACAGUACCAUACUCGCUUGAUGAAGAAUCUUCGCUAGAUCUACCUGAUGACAAAUCCUUUAUUUUAGCACAAAAGCAUUGUACUGUCACAAAGAGAAAAUAUUCUCAAAAUGUUUCGGCACCUUUGAAUCCCGCUGAUGAUGAUUUUAUCGAAUGGAAGAAAUAUAAAGAGGAUAGCAAUUCCAAUGUAAACGAGCAUCCUAAUAUGCUAUUUUUACGCAGUUUGUUCCCAGACCUCAUGAAAAUGACGGAUAAGCAGAAUAGAAGGUUUCGCCAAAAAGUUAUAGGGUUAAUAGAUGAUAUAAUUGAAGAUAAGGAUAUUGUCUCGUCAUAA